AUGGUAGAAGACAAUUUGCCAACAUAUGAAGAAGUGAUUCUACGGAUAGAUCCAGAUAUGGAUCGCCCACCGCCAUAUCCAGGACUUCCGAAGGCUCCCGUCUACCGAGACCGAAGACAAAUGACUAUCUCUCACUCUAGGGUUCAAAGAGAAAAUCAGCUUCCUCUGCUUGAUAGGUUACUGACUUGUUUCUGCUGUGCAAAGGACGGACGCUCUUUGUUGGCCGUCAAACGUAAACUCGUAGGAAUCCUUAUUAUUCUCGUUGUGGCUCUGGUCAUCAUGCUAUUGGUUGGCUCAAGAUUUGUCGAAUAUUUCAUAUUCUGUUCAAUGCAAUAA